AUCCGGGUAAGUUUUAAUUUUCGUCCGCACUCCGCAGACGCUGGCUGUUCAAAGCCGAUUUGGGAUGAAGAAAUGUUAAAUAUCAUGAAAAUUAUUUUUCUCCUGUAAAUCGAAGUUUCUCGAGUAAGAAGACGACAAGUUUGGCAUAAAAUCAUUUUUGCUGUAUGGGUUGUUUCAAAAAUCAUUUGAACGUAGAAGUUUUUUCUACGUCGAGGAGUCUUUUGAUACGUUUUGUAAAAAGGGACUAGUUCCUGAAGUAAAAUUGACGAAAGAUACAUUAUGGCCGGUCGCAGUCGGAGAGCAAAACGUAUAGAUCUGAAUAAAGCCGACAUAAAUGAACUUGCUAACAUAUCUGGAAUUGGUAAAGGAAAAGCUAUAGAGAUAAUAGACAGGCGAGAAGCUUUAGGUGGUUUUCAGUGUGUGGAAGAUUUGAUAUCAAUCCGUGGUAUUAGUGAGACGUUUAUUGAUUCAAAUAAGGACUUACUCUAUUGCUCUUCUUCUCCAAAGACUUCAUUAAAAUCGAAGACUGGAAACUCUAGAGAGGAUAGAUCCAUCUCAAGGCGCACUCUUAGAAGUAGGUUUAGUGAUUUCGAGCUUCAAAGUGAGGAGAUGGGAAUGUCCAAACGAAAGAUGGAUGAUAAAUCUGUGCCUUAUGUAUCUGAUAAAAGAAUUUGUGGUGAGGUAGGUUCCGACAGUAGUGAUGGUAUGAGUACCAUUGAAAUUCACCAUACAAGUACAACGUCAUGUCCUCCAGAAGUAGAAAGUUGGUUACAGGUUUUUAAUACAUGGGCACAAGAUCAAAAGAAGAGAGCAUUGGAUGAACUAAUGGAAAGAUGUAAUCCACCAAUCAUAAGACAUGUGAUGUCGUCAAUUGAACCAAGGUUUCAACGAGAUUUUAUAUCAUUGCUACCGAAAGAACUGGCAAUAUUCGUGCUUGGUUUCCUUUCUCCCAAGGAUUUGGUUCAAGCUGCUCAGACUUGUAAAUACUGGCGAAUUCUCUGUGAUGAUAAUCUAUUGUGGAAAAGAAAAUGCAUUGAGUUUGGCAUUGAUGAUGAGCCUAUAUGCACUCCUAAAUUAUCAAGAAGAAAAACAUCAAACAGUGCCAAUCGUUUACUUUUGAAUCCCAGUCCAUUUAAGAAAAUGUUCUUGACGAAACAUAAGAUUGCCAUGAACUGGAGAUAUGGAUCUUUGAAUGCUCAUAAGAUUCUUAAAGGCCAUGAUGAUUAUGUUAUCACUUGUUUACAGUUUUGCAAUAAUAAAAUAGUUAGUGGUUCCGAUGAUCACACUUUGAAAGUUUGGUCUGCUAUCACAGGGAAGUGCUUGCGUACUCUUGUUGGCCAUACUGGGGGAGUGUGGGCCUCGCAAAUGGAAAACAAUCUCAUUGUAAGUGGCUCGACUGACCGUACUCUUAAAGUAUGGAAUGCAGAUUCAGGACAAUGCAUUCACACUUUAUAUGGACAUACGUCUACGGUGAGGUGCAUGGAUAUUCAUGGAAAAAUAGCAGUCAGUGGAUCACGAGAUGCUACACUUCGAGUGUGGGAUAUUGAUGAUGGAACGUGUCUGCAUGUUUUGGUUGGACAUGUUGCUGCUGUACGAUGUGUUAAAUAUGAUGGACGGCGUAUUGUUAGUGGUGCUUAUGAUUACGUUGUGAAGGUGUGGAAUCCAGAAACAGAACAAUGUCUGCACACGUUACAAGGCCAUUCUAAUCGAGUAUAUUCCCUACAGUUUGAUGGUGUGUAUAUUGUUAGUGGAUCUUUGGAUACAUCUAUCCGGGUGUGGCAUGUGGAUACUGGGCAAUGUCUUCACACUUUAGUUGGCCACCAGUCUUUGACAAGUGGUAUGGAAUUGAAAAAUAACAUUUUGGUAUCGGGAAAUGCUGAUUCCACUGUUAAAAUCUGGGACAUUACAAGCGGGCAAUGUCUACAGACUCUUGCAGGUCCCAAUAAGCACCAGAGUGCUGUCACAUGUUUACAAUUUAAUAAGAAGUUUGUCAUUACCAGUUCUGAUGAUGGCACUGUAAAAUUGUGGGAUCGCCUUAAUGGUGAGUUUAUAAGGGAUCUGGUGAAACUGGACAGUGGUGGAAGUGGUGGUGUUGUCUGGAGAGUACGAUGCAAUGACACCAAACUGGUUUGUGCCGUUGGUAGCCGAAAUGGUACCGAGGAAACAAAGCUCCUGGUGUUGGAUUUUGGAAUUGCUGAAUAAAGACUGCUGGAUGAAUUCUUUAAUUUUUCAUGUUUUCUCAAAUUGCAUUGUUUAUUAGAAAGAAAAAAGCCCAAGAUUAUUAUGUGACUUUUCCAUUGUUGAUUGUAAAUAACAAAAUUGUAAAUAUCCUAGAGUGGAAAAUUUUGCAAAUGUUUACAUUAGAUUGUGGUUGUGCCUUUUGUGAAAUUCUAGUCAGACAAGACCAGGACUAUAUUUUAAAGAAUAGCCCUUUUUUCUACUUUAUUAAUAAAUUAAUGACAAAAAGGCAAA